GAGAGAGGCUCAGUGUAAGAGAGGCGUCGGUGGAGGACGCAGUGGUGACGAACUCUUUCGAAAAGUGAGAAGAAGACGAAGACUAAGGCGAAGAAGACGAGAUCGCGCGCGCGACGGAAGAGAAUCGAGAGAGCGGAGAGAAAGAGACGAUAAGAUAGGGGAGGGGAGGCGCACACCGACGUCACGAACGAUCCUCUCACGAACGAACGAUCGACUGAAAUUACUGUUUUCAUAUCUCAACCCCGUACCUGUCCCCCUACAUCCCCACGAAACCAUCAGACACUCGUCCACCCUUCUACACCAUUUCUUUCCCCCUCCCCCGAAUCGCACUCGAGUACCCAACCCAAAACACUGUCCCGCUUUCCCUUCAUUGUUUACUUUCAAUCGACCACGAAACGAACACUGAACGAAUAACCGACACCUCGAGCUAUGGCAGCCACCGCCAUGGAUCCAGUCGACAUUGCGAAUAUCCUCGCGCAGGAACUGCUUUAUCAGCAGUUGGUAUCCUUGGACGGUCUGCACAGCGGAGUGCCGACCAGAACGACGCCGACGCUGACGCCGACGACGCUCCGCAGUAUCGAGCAGACGUUCUUGGAGCUGACCAGCGAGUCAGCGUCGCACAGCCGCGAAGCCGGGUUCGUGCCGCCGCUGGUCGAACCAUCGCAGCCGACCCCGGCGCAGACCCAGAACACGGCGGCGCAUCACAUAAUCACGACCAGCGCCGCCCCGGUGGCAGCCAACACCACCCUCGUGGAGUCCCAUCAAACACAGCCGCAGCAGCCAGCCAGGCGCAACAUGGGCGGCAGAAGGCCCACGAGAACGAUCGGGAUGACCCCGGAGGAGGAGGAACGGCGACAGAUCCGCCGGGAGAGGAAUAAAAUGGCAGCAGCGAGGUGCCGCAAGCGAAGAAUGGACCACACCAAUGCCCUGCUAGAAGAGACUGAGGGUUUGGAGCAGAAGAAACAGAACUUGCAGGAGGAGAUCCACCAGCUGCAGCAGGCCAAAGAGGAGCUGGAAUAUAUUUUAGAGGCCCACCGCGCCGUUUGUCGACGUCACUCCGCGUCUCCCCCGGAUGUGAAGCCCGUGAUAAAGUCAGACCUGGCGACCGAGGAUCAAUUCACCGAGAACGAUAACACGAUGGGCAAACAGGACACGUUGAACGCGAACAUGAGACCGAACCGACCGAACUCGUUGCCGGUCGGAUUCGACAACAACAACCGACCGAACUCGCUGCCGAUCUUCACCGAGCCGAAAGAGAGACCGGACACGUUACCGUUCAAGACGGUAGAAACACCGGCAUUCAUGAAACCAUCGAUGGACGUGGCGGGAAUGCCGAUCACAACCCCAACCAGCGGCAUACCGUUCAAUUUCGAGUCGUUGAUGGAAGGCGGCACUGGUCUCACGCCAGUCUCAACGCCCAUGAUCCCGUCCUGCUCGUCGCAGCAGAGGAACAACCUGUCCGCCGUAGAUCUUAGCUCCCCAGAUGCGAAUCCACCGAAGCUGGUGAGCUUGUGACGCCAGGAGGACCUCGAGUACGGAUCAAAUGAAGACGAUCCGGAAUGAAUGGGGUCACGUCUCUUGCUAUUGAUACUUGUGCGGAUUAAUCGUAGAAUUGUACAGAAUACGAGAACGAAGAAACCGGAAGAGAAGGAGAAUGGUGAUGAUGAAGAUGAUAAUGAGGAGGAAGAGGUACCAUGACGCGAAAGGAACCUUGACGAAUUUUUUUUCCACAUCACCCAGUUGUUGCCAUACGUCGACUAUCGCGAGAAAACUAUUGAUCUUGUUGGGCAGUAUUAAACGGGAGACCCUCUGCAACGUAUUUGUCUUUUUCCUUCAUUGUUGCGUGUUCUGCUAGCGAAGAACCGUGCGUUCCCCGCCCAAAACCGGGCAACGCCGCGUAACCGGAUGCAUUUUUAUUAAAACGAUAUUGGAAACAUU